AUCUUUGACAGUGUUGUAUUCAGUGAAAAAUGUCGUGUAGCGGGUUGGAUAAAACGUAAAAUUGUGCACUUUGAAGCCUAAUUUUGGAUAUCUGUUUGUGCCUGUGUUUUAAACGAAUGUGUGUGACAUGAUAUUAUAGUGAACAAACUUCGUCUGCAAAAAUGAUUCGCUUGUUUUGGAAGUUUUUACCAUCGUUCGGAGUCUACCUGUCACUGUUAAGCUCCAUACCUAUACACGCCUCACUUGGCGAUAUAGAACUGGAUCUCAUACAUUACGAUGAAUGGAUCGCUCCCCAGUACACGUGCCCCAUUGGUUCGGACUUCACGUGGCCAUGCUCAAGUACAGCGGGGGUGGGGCGAGAUCUCCAGUGUAUACACAAAGACUGGUUGUGUGACCUUGACCCUGAUUGUCCCAAUGGGGAGGACGAAGAUACGGGACCCACAGGGCCCUGCCGUGAUACACAUUCCAAAUUAUGCGGUGAAGAGGACCACUUUGUGUGUGCAGACGACAAAUCACUGUGCAUUCCACGCAACUGGAUGUGCGACGGAGACCUAGAUUGUGAUGAUGGUUCGGACGAAAAUAAAGACAAUUGUCGGACCCAUGGAAUAGACCGACCAGGUCCGCAUGUCAAAAACCUAAUUCCAUGUACCCCUAACCAGUUCCAGUGUGGGGGUUCACAUAAAUGCAUUCCGCUAAGCAAUGUCUGUGAUACUGAACAUGACUGUGAUUCCGGAUCAGACGAGUAUGGAUGUGCCAACAAUAAAUGUGAUGAGAAACCAUGUGGGGAUGCCAACUGCGCGGAAACAGUGGAUGGAGCACUUUGUUACUGUGACAGUGGAUUGGCAUGGAACAAUACAAGUAAAACAUGUGAAGAUCUCAAUGAGUGUAAGUACGAACAGUUCUGUGAUCAACCAGAGUACUGUGAAAACACAAAUGGAAGUUACACGUGCAAAUGUGCUACUGGGUUUGCAAGCAAGGAAAACUCGCGCUGUAGAGCAGACAAUGAGGGUCGAGAGCCAACGAUCUUGAUAUCAAACACGUGGGACAUUCAGCAAUUAACGCUAGCAGGUGCACCGUACACAAAAUCUCCAAUGCGAUGGUUGAAACAGGCGCAGAAAGCCGAGACUCUAGACUUCAACUACGCCAACAAAGAAGUCUGUUGGCUUACUUAUCGAGGCAAUCAAGGACAUACAGAAUUGAUUUGUGCAAGCUCAGAAUUACCCGACCUCAAGGGACCAUCCAAGAUAAAAGUCCCUAUCCUGCUUACAACUGUGGUGGAUUUUGCAAUUGACUGGAUCACUGAAAAUCUCUACUUCCUUGACCUUGAACUAAGCCGCCUGUCGGUCUGUGACCCCAACAAAUCCCUCUGUGCAGCCCUUGUUGCUGGGACGGGGGCACCUGUCACCAUGGCAACGCUUGAGGGGCCACGAAGUAUCGCACUGUGUCCAACAGGGGGAUACCUGUUCUUUUCUGACUGGAGUAAGGCCAAUAGCACGAUAUACAGACUAAACAUGGAUGGAACCAGCCUUACCAGCGCUGUCACCACAAAACUCGCAAAACCUAUAGGUCUGACGCUGGACCACACAAACAAUCAUCUCUACUGGGCCGAUAUGGAACUGAAUGUUGUUGAGCGCAUAAACUAUGAUGGAGAUGACUCUUCCAGGCGUGUAAUUACGAUCGGCAUGAAGGUUGAAUAUAUCUACAGCCUUUCUGUGUUUGAGAAUUACAUGUACAUGUCCGAUCGCCAUGACAACCAAGUAAUCAAAGUUCAUCGCUAUGACUACGGGGUACCAGCCGUCACCUUGAACGCAAACAUGUCACGGCCAGCACGUCUACAUAUGUUUCACAAAGUGAAACAGCCUAAAGUACCUAACCCUUGUGAGAGUAUGCAGUGUGAUCACAUCUGUGCCCUGACCAGGAUAGAUGAAAAGUUGAAUGCUACCUGCCUUUGUCCUGCUGGCUACAUGCAAUCAGAUAAAGGCUGCACAGAGGUGGGCAACUGUCCGGCAAACUGUGAAGACAAUUCAUGCUCCAUUGUUUCAUCCAACUGCUCACUAGAGGUUUGUCCAGAGAACAAGUCAUACUGCACUGCAACUCACGAGUGUAUGCCGCAGGAUUGGUGGUGUGACUCAAAGGUGGACUGCCCUUCGUCCGACGAUGAAGGCCUCUACUGCAAAUACGACGAGUGCACCAUCCACACAUUCCAGUGCACCACGACGGGGAAGUGCAUCUCAGUGGAGCUUCGCUGUGAUUCACAUGUAGACUGUACAGAAGGAGAGCACUUUGAUAACAGUGAUGAGAAUGGCUGUGAGGGUGGCUGUGCAGCCAUGAACAUGUUUGACUGUAACAGCACUAGCGUAAACAUGAACAAGUCGAGCCAGUGUGUGCCGAAGAGCUACGUCUGUGAUGGGCAUGCAGACUGUGAGCAAGGGGAGGAUGAAAAAAACUGUGCUGGUGUCCCAAUCUUCCAAUGCAGUAAUGUGACCGAGUUUACAUGCCGGAAAGGCGGAGAGUGUAUCUCUAUUGGCUGGCUGUGUGAUGGUGAGGAAGACUGUGCGGAUGGCUCUGAUGAGGAUGUUGGCACUUGUCAAAAAGCCCAGUGUAUCCAGGGAGAAACUGUGUGCAAAACUGGGAACCAGUGUAUCCCUGAUAACUGGUUCUGCGAUGAUGAACCGGACUGCAAUGACAAAUCCGACGAGGAUACAGCACUUUGCAGUCAUAUAGUGUGCAAAGAGCCAAAUUACAAGUGUAUGAAUUCCACUGGCAAGAUGAUAUGUGUUCCUGCGGGGAACGUCUGUGACGGAACGCUGCAAUGUUCACCUGAUUGGUCAGAUGAGGGCGGACUCUGCUCAGAGAAUCAUUGUUCGUCAAACCCAUGCACAACAUCGAAAUGCUAUAACAUGCCAUAUGGCUACAGCUGUGAGUGUCCACCGGGCCAGAAAUUCAACCAAAUCGCAGGGAAAUGCAUUGUUACAAAUCCUUGCCUUCAGUGGGGAACAUGUAGUCAAGGGUGCAACCUUGACCCGUCGGUUGAUAUCGGAUAUCGGUGCACAUGCUUUGACGGUUUCUUUCUGAAGUCAGACAAAUUUACCUGCAAGCCUUUGGAGAGUGACCCAGUCUAUGUUGUGUUUUCAAAUCGUCAUGAGAUACGGCGUGUGGACACAGCAACAAGUAACGCAGUUUCCCUGAAAUCAGGUCUCCGUAACACAAUUGCCCUUGAUUUUUAUUACAACUCUGAGGGUUACGCUGUACUGUUCUGGUCGGAUGUGAUGGAAGACAAAAUUUACAAAGGCGUUAUGCAGGGAAAUGAACUGAUCAAUGUAGUUCCUAUAGUGACAUCCGGCCUAGCAACCACAGAAGGCGUGGCUGUUGACUGGAUUGGGGAGAAUAUCUACUGGGUGGAGUCCACCCUUGAUCAAAUAGAAGUUGCUAAACUGGACGGCUCCUUUCGUACAACACUGAUUGCUGGGAAUAUGGCCAGCCCUCGAGCCAUUGCUGUGGAUCCAACUGUUGGGAAGCUUUUCUGGACUGACUGGGAGGGGACUAACCCUCGUAUUGAGAUGUGCUCCAUGUCAGGGAAUGAAUCCACACGCAAAACCAUAUAUCAGAUUCUCCCAUCGACUGGCGGAGGCUGGCCCAAUGGACUUACUCUAGACUACGACAGCAAACGGAUCUACUGGAUUGAUGCUAGAUCAGAGUCUAUUCACACUCUCACAUACGAGGGUACGGACCACAGACUGGUUCUGAAGAACCAACCUGAAAUGCGUCACCCAUUCUCCAUUGCUCUCUUUGGCACCGAGGUCUACUGGACAGACUGGAGUUCAAAUGCUGUUGUUAUGGCCAACAAAUUCAAUGGUUCUAACAUACGUGUUGUCCAGAAGACGAUCACCCAGCCAUUUGACCUACAAGUCAUUCACCCCAAACGUCAGCCGACUGUGAACGUAACAAACCCGUGUGCUGUAAACAAUGGUGGGUGUUCAGACCUCUGCCUUAUAGGGCUUCACGGUUCAGUGGGCUGUCUGUGUCCCCACAGGAAAAAACUGGGUCAUGAUAACAAGACUUGUGUUGAGGACAAACAGUUUCUGCUAUUUGUAAAGAACCAGGAAAUUCGGGGCAUUGAUCUUAACAAGGGAUAUUUCAAUGUUCUGCCUGUUAUAUCGAUUCCUCAUGUCGACACACCCACUGCGAUCGAUUACGACGUUAAGCAGAACUAUUUCUACUGGGCCGAUAAAGGCCUGAAUGUAAUCAACCGAGCGAACUUUGAUGCCAAUGUGGAAACUCUUAUAGAUAAGGGACUAACAAACCCAGAGGGAUUCGCGAUAGACUGGUUGUCAGGCAAUAUGUAUUUUUCGUCAUACGAUCUUACCCUAAAAACAGCCUCUAUCUCCGUAGCAACACUGAACGGAACGUUCCGCACAGAGAUUAUCAAGAAAAACCAGAUCUCAAAACCCCAUUCUAUUGCUCUGCAUCCUGCCAAGGGAAUUAUGUUUUUCACGGAUGUGUUUGAAGCAGAAGGCAAUCAUGUCCUGUGGCGUGCAGGAAUGGAUGGAUACGAAAUCACUCAAAUCUUAAAGAAUCUACACAACCCAUCAAGUCUUUCUAUCGACACGGAGCAAAAUCGUCUAUACUUGAUCAACAACAAGCAGAUUAUCUGGAUCGACAUAACCACCAAUGGCCCACAGCAGUCUACCACUCAAAUCAACUUAAUGAAACAACUCAGCCUUCCAGGUGAUCCUGAAGCUAUAACGGUUCACAAAGACACAAUUUAUGUGUCCAGCGAGGGAAAAAUCGUGGCCUUGAGUAAGAAUGGCAACAACCAGUCGAUCGUUCGAGAGGCAACGCCUAAUGUACAGGCUCUUAUUAUGUUCGAUGUGCAGACCAGAUUCAAGCAAGACAAGUUAAAUGAACCAAAUGAGUGUCAUGGGAACCACACUUGUUCCCAGCUGUGUUUACCCAAGUCACAGUUACUGUCUCGCUGUGUCUGUACGGCUGGCUUCAGUCUCAGUGUGAAGGACCAAAGUACUUGUGAAGGAAUAACGUCUUUCCUCCUGUAUGCGAAGGAAACGGAGAUUCGAGGUGUGAUGUUCAAAUCAGGCGAUGAUCAGGAGGCCCUUCCUCCUAUAUCACAGAUACAGUCCCUUUCUGCAGUGGAUUUUCAUGCAGAGGAUGAUAUGAUAUACUGGGUGGACACGCAAACAAACUCAAUCUCACGAAUCAGGCGUGACCUCUCACAUCGCGAAGUGGUCAUUACUGAGGGCAUCAAUAGUGUGGAGGGACUAGCCGUUGACUGGAUCUCAAGAACCCUAUAUUGGACGGAUGCUGGCCACUCCACCAUUGAGAUGUCAAAGUUCAAUGGCUCGGGCCGAUACGUGAUUGCCAGCGGAGAUAUGGAAAAACCCAGGUCCAUUGUUGUGCAUCCUGUCAUGGGUUACGUGUUCUGGAGUGAUUGGGGCAAGGAUUCUCGCAUUGAGCGGGCAAAUCUUGAUGGGUCCAGACGUGUCCAAUAUGUGUACACGAACAUCUCACAGCCCUGGGGUCUCACGAUUGACUACAACACUAACAUGUUGUACUGGUGUGACAUCGAGCGGGGGACAAUUGAGAAACAAGAUUUAUUGAGGGGAGAGAGAAAGACACUCCUGUCCAACAUUGAACCAAUCUCCCUCACCAUAAAGGACGAUCGAUUAUACUGGAUUGAUAAGAGUGACGGAUAUUCCAUCAAGUCAGCUCGCAAGGAAACAGGCUUGGACAUUCAGACGGUCACCUCCGGACUAGGUCCAGGACUGAAGGACAUUAAAGCAUUUGACCAGUCCAGACAGACAGGAACGAACCCAUGUCACAUCAACAAUGGAGGCUGUGAAAAUUUAUGUUUCUACACGAGUCAGAAGAAGGUCCAGUGUGCCUGCUCCUUUGGACAGCUGGAUCCCAAAACAAAUAAAUCCUGCAUCAACUACGAGCAAUAUCUGAUGUUCUCUAAAGUGACGUCAAUCGAGACAAUCCAUUUGACUGAUGCCUCCAACAAGAACCCGCCAAGCCAACCAAUCAAAGAUGAGGAUCAUCUAAGGAAUGUGAUUGGUCUAACCUUCGACUACGAGGGUCGGAGGAUUUUCUUCAGUGAUAUUCAGCGUGGGGAUCUGCAGAUGUCAUAUUUUAAUGGCAGUAACAUCACAACAUUAGUAGAAGGUGUUGGAUCAGUGGAAGGUUUGGCGUACAUUCGGAAUGGUUCUGAACGCUUUCUGUAUUGGACCAGCUACACUAACUCCUGCAUCAGCCGUAUCGAUGUAGAUGACUCGCUUAAAAACACGAGCAGAAAACCUCAGGUGGUUGUACAGCUGUCAAAAGUUGACCAUCCUCGUGCAAUUGCUGUUGACAGUUGCUGGCAACUGGUUUACUGGACCAACUGGAACAUUGAGAAGCCUCGGAUUCAGCGCUCCAACUUGGAGGGGCUUAACAGUGAGGACAUCAUCACAAAAGAUAUCUUAACACCCAAUGGACUAGCAAUUGACCAUUUAGCCAAGAAACUGUAUUGGUCAGAUGCUCGACUGGACAAAAUCGAGCGAUGCAACAUGGAUGGGACGGAACGAGAGAUUGUGAUCACAUCCAUACCUCAGCAUUCCUUUGGCUUGGUUAUUUACAAAGAUUAUAUUUACUGGACUGACUGGAUGCUCCGUGCUGUUAUACGAGCCAACAAAUAUGACGGUACUGGGAUUGUCUGGUUGCAGAAAAAUCUGGACAGACAGCCCAUGGGGAUUAUCGCAAUCUCAGAAGACAGCAAUAACUGCACGCUGAAUGCUUGUCACCACGACAACUAUGGGUGCGAAGAUGAGUGUCACACAGAUAAGUUUGGCGAGCCAUUCUGUCAGUGCCGAUAUGGUCGGCUGAAAAGUGACGGCAAAACAUGUGCAUCAUUGAUCGAUUGUAACAACGUUGGCUACACAUCGUUUCCCUGUCUUACGGGUGUGUGUCUACGCUUUGAAAAAAGUUGUGAUGGGUUGAUUGACUGUCUUGAUGGCUCGGACGAAGCUGUUUAUGUCUGCUCUAAUAGGACAUGCCCACCUGAUUUCUGGACGUGCACGAACCGAACCCAGGGUCAGUGUAUAGCAUUGAGCAAAAAAUGUGACUCUGUUAUCGACUGUCAUGAUGCCUCAGAUGAAAAUCCCGAGAUGUGUGGAUGUCCCGAGGGAAGUUUCACAUGCAAGAACCAUGCGUGCAUCCCCAAACUGCUGAAAUGUGACGGGGUCGGGGACUGCCUGGAUAAUAGCGAUGAGAUGGAUUGUGUGGCUAGUCCUGAGUGUGAGAUGGGCUACUUCAAGUGCCAGAUGGGGGGCACAUGUAUGCCGGACUUCAAGAAGUGUGAUGGUCACUUUGAUUGUCAAGACAACAGUGAUGAGGAUCCAGCAAUCUGUGGCAAUAAAACUAGUGUAUGUAAGGCUGGCUUAUUCCGAUGUGAUGAUGGUUCAUGUAUCAACGAUCAGUGGCACUGUGAUCGGGAUGAAGAUUGCGAGGAUAUGUCAGACGAAAAAAAUUGUGAAUACCAGUGUGAAGGCCAGUAUGCUUGUGCGGGUACAAACAAGAUCUGUAUCGAGAAGAGUUGGAAAUGUGAUGGAAACCCUGAUUGUCCAGAGAGCGAUGAUGAAAAGGAUUGUGAGAACAUUCAGUGUGAUGAAAAUCAUUUCUUAUGUGGAAAUGGUACGGGUCCAUGUAUUGACAAACUAUGGGUGUGUGACUCCGAGUUUGAUUGCUUGGAUGGCUCAGAUGAGAGUCCACUACAGGGCUGUGCACCAAAUGCCUGUGAAAUGGAUGAGUUCCAGUGUGCAAAUUUCCGAUGUGUUGAGACGGUGUUUUACUGCGACACUGAUGAUGAUUGUGGGGAUAUGAGUGAUGAACCACAAGGAUGUGUACCUAGACACACACACUGCGCCGAGUCUAUGAUCCAAUGUUUAAACGGCUCAUGCUUGACGCGGGAGCAGCUUUGUAAAGGUUUCACGUGCGAAGAAUAUGUGACAGACAUCUCAGGCCUCACGUGUGCAGGGGUUACCUGCGCUGAACACCAGUUCCAAUGUCUAGAUGGCAUCUGUAUUGACGAGAGUCGAGUCUGUAACGAGAUACGCGACUGUUUUGAUGGCACAGAUGAGGACAUGAGUUGCAAUGUGGAUGAAUGUCAGAUGUUCAAACCAUGUAGUCAGAUUUGUACGGACAAGAAGAUUGGAUAUGAGUGCUCAUGUAACCAAGGUUACACUCUGAAAACGGAGGGAAAAACAUGUCAAGACGUGGACGAGUGUUCCACAGAGUUCCCGUGUGCGCAUUUCUGCCACAAUGUGCCGGGGACGUACUAUUGCACAUGUGCUGAGGGGUUUUCCUUGGAAGAUGACAGAAGGGGGUGUAAUUACACAAACAGCAGUGAUCCUCCCUAUCUUCUCGUCUCCAACCGCUACUACAUCCAAAAGGUCAACCUGGUUCCCAACGCUGACGACUCACAUAACAUAACCAUCAUCCAAUCAAAUCUCUCGCACUCGGUUGCCAUAGAUUUUGAUAUAUCGGAACAGAUGAUCUACUGGACAGAUAUUCGUAGUCAGAGCAGCACCAUCAGCAGGAAAAAACUCGAUGGGAAUGUAACUGCGGAGGUCCUGCACAGCUCUACAGUCCUAAAUCCUGAUGGGAUUGCAGUAGACUGGAUUGGCCGAAAUCUCUAUUGGUGCGAUAGAAACACGGACACAAUUGAAGUUUCCCUCCUGGACGGAAGGUACAGGAAGGUCUUGUUAAAGGACAAAACUUUUCUUCGUGAGCCUCGAGCCCUCGAGUUAUUUCCCAAGUAUGGCUACUUGUUUAUAUCUGACUGGGGAGAACACCCACACAUCAGUCGCCUCUCAAUGGAUGGCACGCAGAAACAACACAUUAUUACCAAUGACAUCGCCUGGCCCAAUGGUCUGACUAUUGACUACAUCACAGAGAAAAUCUUCUGGGUCGAUGCAAAUUAUGAUUACAUCGCUAUGGCUGAUUUAGACGGACAAAACAGACAUCGGAUAUCAGACCAGAGUUUACCCCAUCCGUUUGCUAUUACCACAUUUGUGGACAAGAUUUAUUGGUCUGAUUGGGAAUACAACGCGAUCUACGAGGCUCGUAAAUUUUCGGGUGAAAAGAGGAGGAGAAUAGCGCUGCUGAAUCAACGACCGAUGGAUGUCGUGGUCUACCAUGCUCUAAGACAGCCUCAGUGGUAUAACCCUUGCAAACAACUCAACUGUUCACACCUGUGUCUGUUGAAACCCGAUGGAAAGAACAAUGUGACAGCCACGUGUGCCUGCCCCGAAAACCACAAACAGGAAGGAAACACCUGUAAAUCAGACUGUGACUCGAGCCAGUUCCUGUGUGCAAACAGUUCCAAGUGUAUUCCGGGCUGGUGGCAAUGCGACGGAAGUCCCGAUUGUGAAGACCAAUCGGACGAGAGGCUUAAGGGGGACGUAUGCCCUCCAUACACGUGUAAACAGCCCGGGCUCUUCCAGUGUACAAGAGCUGUCAAUGGGAGCAAUGAGUGUUUCUCACCUAAUUACAUCUGUGACGGCACUCCUCAGUGCACUGAUGGCUCCGAUGAGAAAAUCUAUGAUUGUGGCACAUACCCCUGUAUUGCUGGCCAGUUCAAGUGUGAAGAGGACGGAAAGUGUAUAAGCAGUUUUCGACUAUGUGACGGUAAACAAGAUUGCUCAGACGGCGCAGACGAAAGGAACUGCACCAACCAAGAGUGCCUGCCCACCCAGUACAAGUGUACGAACUCACGUAACUGUAUCCCCUACCUGUGGCAGUGUGACGGUGACAAUGACUGCAGUGAAGGCGAUGAUGAACUUGACUGCUCUACCCGCAAGUGUAAAGAUGGUUACAUCAAGUGCGCAAAAACAAACAAGUGUAUUCCGAAGGCGUGGGAAUGUGACGGUGAAGCGGACUGUGGCCCGGAGGAUAACACAGAUGAGAACCAGUGUGAUGGUUACUGGAAUUCUACAUCAGAGAAGAAAACUUGUGAACCAAACCAUUUCUUGUGUACAAACCAACACUGCAUCCCACAACGUUGGAGAUGUGAUGAUGACAACGAUUGUUCAGAUGGCUCAGAUGAAUAUAACUGCACUGCCAAGAACUGUUCUGACUCAGAAUUUCUCUGCCCGUCUGGAAAUCGUUGUAUCCCUAACUUAGCCAAGUGUGAUGGAAAAGCUGACUGUUCUGAUGGUGCUGACGAAAGCGAUGAUGUGUGUCAUGCCACCAGACCGACAUGUGACCCUGACCAGUUCAUAUGUACCACGAGUCGCACAUGUGUUCCAUCAUCAUGGCGAUGUGAUGGGGAACGUGAUUGCUCCGAUGGCUCUGAUGAGGACAAAUGUCAUGAGCAUAGCGUAUGUAAGGAGUGGGAAUACAUGUGUGAGGCGGACAGUAAAUGUAUACAGUUGUCAUGGCGAUGUGAUGGAGAACCCGACUGCUCUGACGGGAAGGAUGAGAUGGAUUGUGACAAGGUGGCAUGCCCUCCAUUCUGGUUCCGAUGUAUGGACAAUACAUGUCUCCCCCCAUACAAGAAGUGUGAUGGGACCAAAGAUUGUCAAGUGAAAGACAGCACGACAAAAUGGCAUGAUGAGGCUGAUUCUCUGUGCUUGAUUGAAUCCUGCGCCCCUAAUCAGUACAGAUGUGCUAACAAGCGAAAGUGCAUUUACCGUAGCCAAGUUUGUGACAUGAGGCCUGAUUGCGAUGGCGGCGAUGAUGAAAUCAAAUGUUUUAUUAAUGACCGAGAUAAAUGCCCUGAUGACCACAAGUGUCAAGGAUCGUGUAUUGUGAACAAAACUGAACAGCGAAUAGUCUGCACAUGUCCACCAGCAUAUCGUGUGGCCUCCGAUGGUGUUCAAUGCAUACCCAAUGAUCCGUGUGUUCGGUUAGAUACAUGCGAUCAGCUUUGUUCAACACACCACAACGUUGUAAAAGGUCAACAUGAAGCUGAAUUUGGCUUCAAGUGUUGGUGUGAGUCAAAUUUUGUCGAGGAAAGACGGGAAAAUUCAGCUGACAAUACCACUCGUGUCUACUGCAAGUCGAAAGGUGAUCUGCCCAAGCUGUUGAUUACUGCAGAAGAAAAUGUGUAUAUACAGAACCCACACUCACCCCAGACAAGGUUUAAGCUCUCAGAUGAUCCAACCUUUAAAUUGGGAAAAAUUAUCUCUCUUGAUGUUGACGCCACAUCAGAAAAUGAGCUCUUGCUUCUGAGUCUUCAUCGACAAGACGGGGUUAACAAAAUCUCUCGGAUAGUGCACAAGCUCAAUACAAAGGGAAAUAACAAUGGCAAGAAAAAGCGAGAAGCUGAUUCAAACAAUAAAUUACCUACCCUGGUUCAGGACAUGGAGGAUCCCCAAGCGAUAGCUGUUGAUUGGCUUGGAAAGAAUCUUUACUGGACGGACAUUUCUAAGGCAACAAUAUCUAUGCUGCACUAUGGAGACGGUUCUGCCAGCGCUAAGAAAGUGACCAUCAUAGAUAAAGGGCUGAACAGGCCCUUUGGCAUCGCUGUUGAUCCUGUUAUUGGCAAAAUAUUCUUCACUGACUAUGGAAAUCCACCGAAGGUGUUUUCGGCAAACCUGGAUGGCACAGAUAUGAAAGUUAUCGUGGAAGAUAAGCUCAUUUCUCCACGAGGCAUCGUUGUUGACUACCACAGCAUGCGCGUGUACUUUGCUGAUAGCAAACUGAGGACAGUUGAGGCCAUUAGAUAUGGGGGAGAGGAUAGGACGCUGGUUAGAUCAUUUCAAAAACCGUAUGCUCCGUACCAUCUUGAUGUCUUUGAAGACUAUGUGUAUGCCACCAUGUUUAAUAGGAGUCUACCUGUCAUAAAAUUCAGCAAGUUUAACGGAAGUACAGAAGCACUUCAUAACCUGUCUAACAGUAUCGAUACUGGCGAUAUUGUAAUCCAGCACAGGAAUAAGCAGAUACUACCAGAUAAUGCAACAUUAUCAGCCCGUGCCCUUGGAAAAGCUGAUCACAAGAUCUGCAAUUCCCACCCUUGUGGAAACCAGUCGUUGUGCGUAAUCACGCCUUUCAAAAAUCCAGGAUAUUCAUGCUUAUGUGGUGAUGGUGCAACAUUCAACGUGACAUCCAAGUCCUGUGUUUACCCUAAGUGCCCUCCUGACUAUUGUGGUCGCCAUGGGCAAUGUGUUAUAACAGAUAACAACUCCUUUGAAUGCAAAUGUUCUCUUGGUUUUGUUGGCAACCACUGUGAAGAUGACUUGUGUUUGGAUUACUGCCAGGCAAAUGGGAACUGCUCAUUCACAAAAGCUAGGGAUGGGGAAAUUAAGAAAUUCUGCGAGUGUCCGGCAAUGUUCUCUGGUGAUCGCUGUGAGAUAUUCGACUGUUACCUGCAGUGUUUGAAUGGCGGGCAGUGCACAUGGAAUGCAACACUCAACAAGAUACACUGUCGGUGUAGAGAAGGCUUCUUUGGCGAAAAAUGUGAAAAUCUUACUUCAACAUACUGCGAUAAUUACUGUGAAAAUGGUGGUACUUGUGGACGAGACAGUCGGGGUCUGCGGUUUUGCAGCUGUACCGAGGACUACGCAGGUCCCAGGUGUGAGCAAUGUGGCCUGCAAUACUCCACAACAAUCUGUGCAAACAAUGGCAAAUGUCUCAUAAAGAACCAGGUACCCUACUGCCAGUGCCAGCCAGGAUGGAAUAAUAAGACAAACUGUGAGAAGCAGACCUGUGAAGGCUACUGUCUGAAUUCUGGCCAGUGUAGUCUGGGAGAAGGCCAGUUAUUGUGUCACUGUUCCCCAGUGUUUACUGGGCAGCGAUGUGAGACGCCCAUCGACUGUAAACAUCAUGGGUGUAAGAACGGAGGCAUCUGUGAUGACCAAGGGAACCAGGUGAUCCAGCCCCAGCAGUGUAAAUGUCUUCCGGGAUAUAGCGGCCCCUUCUGUGAAAUAAGCAGCUGUAAUCUGCAAUGUAAAAAUGGAGGAAAUUGUACCAUUGAAAGCCCUGGUGAACCUUACUGUACCUGUCCCCAACAAUUCAAUGGCAAAACAUGUGAUGCGUGCAGAAAUCCUCUAGUGGAAGGGGAGAAAUGUAACCGCUCUAAAUGCCACGAUUACUGCUUUAAUGGAGGAGAAUGUGAGGGCUGUCAUUUAGACCCUAAAUUACCGGCGGUUGCCGUGUGCUCACAGUGCAAGUGUCAGGCCCCGUAUUGUGGUGCACGUUGUCAGACCAAGCACUGUCCCUCAACUCAGGCAACGUUUACUGCCAAAGUUUCAGUGGCCACCAUUCUUGUGCCUGUUGUCGUGGUUUUAUGUAUAGUGGUUGCUGUCAUUCUGUUUAUCAUCAUACGGAGAAGGAGGAGUCAAUUCGGUCACAGUCGGUUAAAGGACCACACAAAGAUGCAAGUGUCCAACCCAAUCUACAUGCCUCAGACAACAGAAGAAGAUGAUGAGGAUGAAUCUCACCAGCCGCUUGACCAGCCUUUUGAUUUUGACCCAGAAAAGUCAACAAACUUUGCUAAUCCUGUAUACGAGCAGUUUUACGACAACAGUCGACAAACUCUGUUGCCAAAAAAUGAGGACGAAGAUUCAGAUGUGGAGGAAAAUAAACUCAACGGCCAGCAUAGUGGAUUGAAAUAAACGAAACAGCCGGCAUAGUGGAUUAAAAUAACAAAACGGCCAGCAUAUCCGAGGAAAAUAAACAAAAUGGCCAGCAAAAAUGAUAUAAAUAGACAAAACGUCCAGCGUAGUGAAUGAAAAACAAAACAGCCAUGCUGAGUGAAUGUAAAAAUGAGUGAAAUGGCCAUGCAAUUUGGCCAUUCAUGGUGGAUAAAAAUAGCUCAACAAAUUCUGCUGUGUAAAUACACCCCACUCCUGUGUGUGCUUUCACAUUUAUUACACAUAUGUGUAAACUUUUUACAUUCUUAAGUUACAUUUUUUGUGUAAAAACAAUUUGAUAAGACGUUUUGAAGAACGCUAUUUUAUUCAUGUGUAAGGAUGAGAGCUGUGAAUUAAUUAAACAGGCUAUUCUUACCAGAGUAAUCUCGAAAUGUUGAGAAAGAGGGACAGGGAAAAUCGAUGCAGCAGAUUUUCACUUCAAAUAUUCUCUUCAAAUUUUAAUUUCCCAAUUUGUAUACAUGUGUCGUGACAUCAGAUGUCUGCGUAAAAAUACGUUAUGCUUCUGUAUUUAAGUAAUGUGUAUAUUAUUAUACAACUAUUGAUGUAUGUUCAGACUGCACACAUGUCCAUAGAGUGUGUGUUUAAACUUUAUUAAUCUUUGUAAAUAAUGUAAAUCUAUGUCUUGUACACAAACUUGAAAAAUAUAUCACAGACAGAUUGACUGGAGAGAGAUAACAUGUAUCCGUGAAGCUGGUGAAAACUAUGAACACACUUACCCAAAGUUAUAACACAUCACGUGGGGUUGAAAUGAUUUCUAAAAGUACACCCAUUGUAGAUUGCAGAUAUACUUUAUUGUUAUUUAAAGUACAAAAUAAAUUUUAAAGUAGAAAUUAAAAGACAAUAAAAUAGAAAUAUGCGAUUGGUUGAGGCAAAAUCAAUCCCCCCCCCCCACCCACCAUAACAGAAAAUCACAAACAAGUCUAAUUUCUUACCCUAUGAAGUUUUUUUUUUAAAGAUAUGUAUUUAAAUAUAUGUUUUAUUUUUGUUUAUAAUUAUUUUAGGGUGAGGUGAACCUGUUAUCAAAAUAUUUUAUUUUUUAUUGGUAUUAGUAAAUUUUAACAAGAAAAUAUAUAUUAUUUACUUUAUGAACUUAUUCCCAAUAACAAUGUGCUCAAUGAGUUAUGGCGCUAUGUCAUUUUUAGAACAAAUACAUAUUUUUAAUGUUUUUAUAUGCGUCCAGUAUGUUGUCCGAUCAAUAACUUUAGAAACCCUUUGUACCAUUCAUUUGAGCGAUAUACGGGUCAUCAAUGGUUAUACAAAAGAACUUAUUGUUAUAAAAAUAUAUUGAGGAAGAUUCCUCAAGGCCAGUUUAACACCAAGUGAAAAAAGAUUUCAACCAUUCGUUUUACAUGGCUGCAGAUUUUAUCUUUUUAGAAUUUUGUGACUAAUGUUCACAUGCUAUAAGACAAGAUAUUCCCAAAAAAAGGUUAACUGAAAAAAUAAGAAAAAUGUGGUUUACUAAUUCAAAAAUGGAUGCAUUAGAACUUUGGGUUAGUGUAUUUGGGCAUUGUGUUAUUAUUGAGAAAAUUUAAAUCCUGUUCAAAACCAUUUACAUUAAAAUAUACUUUUAAUGAUGGAAAAACAAUAAAUUGGUGUUUUGACAUUGAUUUUCAUGUACAAAUCAUGUGCUUAAACCUGUAUUUGUUAUUUGAUAUUGAAAGGCUAAACUAGAAGGCAAAAAGGUGCUAACCAUUUUUUUAAUUCAAUGCCGAUAGUCACCUUGCUGUCUGUCAUCGAAUUAUGUUGACCAAAUAGUCCUUUAUAAACCAUGUUGAACAAAACCAUCGAAAUGAGGCUGCCAGUUGCAAAAUACAUAUAAUCUGUAUGGGUAAUUUAUUUAAGAUGGGUUUUUUUCCUUAUUUUAAGCAAAUUGACUGACAAGGUUAUCCUCUGCACAAUAUAACUUUUGUGAUAAAAGCAAACUUUGAAGAAAGAUCUUGCUGAAUGCAAAGUUUCUGGUAAAAUUCAGAUGUAUUUCUCAUUUUUGUUACAAACACUAUUAACGAUGUGAUCAUGUAUUCAGCAAUUUAAACCAUCAAAUCUGUAUUUGAAAUAGUGGCUUCAGACUGUUUCUACUCAUAAGUAUCACAAAUCACAAGUACAUGUAGGUGUCUCCAUCUAUAUAUAAAAGUAACACAAUUCACAUGUAGGUAUGACAACAGUAUUGGUCAUUCAAUGCUUAGAACUAAAAAUAGUACUAGGUAUCAUAAAAUGUGCCAAUGAGUUGCAUUGAUAAUUUCCAAGGCCAAGACAUGUUUGGUGAAUAUUGAAGUUAAAAUGUCAAGGAACGCAUAUUAAAACAAUAGUUAUUUCAUUUACUGGUUAGGGACAACUUUUUCGCAGUACCAAUUAUUCGCCCAGCCUGUAAAAUCAUGGAUUCACUAUUCCAGUGUGAUUUACAGUUAUUCAUACAAAUGUACUGUGUUCAAAUGAAGCUUCAAAAUAAAACAACUAAUAAUUUUCUCUGAAAGUUAACUUUUAAUCAGCAAUAUUAAAAUUGCUCCAAAUCAAGUACAGUGGGGGAAUUUUCAAUUCUUACCUCUCAAUAAAAUGGAAACAGUAUUUCAUCCCAAAAAUAGAUUUUCAUACUCAUUCAAAUGGAGCAACAUGGAAUCUUUUUAAAAAGAAAAUACAUAUUUUGUAGUCAAUCAGGAAUAUUGUUUUGUGAUUUCUUAAAUGAUUACAUUUCUCAAAAGUGCAUUUUACUUGAUAUGUUUGGCACAAGAGUUCAUUCUUAAAAUAACCAUUAAAUAACCACAUACCAUGAAUAUUAUCGUACUGAUUUUUAAAUCAGGAUCCUAACUUUCUCUCUGUGACAUAUUGUUCAAGAAAAAACAUUUCCAGGAGAAAAAGUGGUCUCAAACCAGUAUAAGGGAGUUUAGAGGUUGUAUUCACAUGACUCAAUGCUGUGAAAUAUUUACAACGUUUUAUCUGCAGUAUUCACAUGUUCUGAUAUAAAUAAAAUUGACAGGUGAAAAACUCCCUCCUUUAGCAUUUUAAAAACUGCUUCCAUUAAACGGUGCUUUAUCUUCCAGUGUAUAUAAAUCAUAUCAUUCCUAAUACAUGUAUAUACAGAACAAUGGUGGAAUUAAAACUUUUAUUAAUUUUAACAAUAAAACAUUACAUGAGUCACAUUGCAUGAUUUUUGGCAUUAAGUACAUAAAUAUUGUAAAUAAUAUCAAUUGCGUACAUAAGUGUGUGAGCGCAAUAUAUGGUCUUACUUCUAAAAAAUGAAUCAUUUGAAAUUAAAGAGAUUCAUAUCAUCAUGACUAUUUCUGUAAAUCCUAAAAUUUUAUUUAAUGAAAUACCCGAUAAAGCAAUUAACUCAAAUAUCUGAACGCUCAAUAUUGCGCAAAGCGGUAUAUGAUAAUGAUAAUUGAUUUCAUUGCUCUGGGUUGUUGUGAUACCAGAGUAAAUAUGGUAUUCCUACCUUUAAUGUUUUCAAAAUUUAAGUCCCAGUGCAAGACAACCAUAACUCCAUAUAAAAUUAGAAAAGUUUAUGUCUGUAUGCUGAUGUGCACUUGAAAGAUGAUGAUGCCACAGAAGUUGUACACCUCAACAAUGUGCCAGGGGUGUGAGGCUUACGGCUGCUACUUCAUAGAUACCCUUUACGGGAUAACACAUAGUCCAAAAUGUUAGGGUGAUGUUAAUAUAUCUUUUAAUCCGUAUAUUGGGGUCACUCUGUGGUUGGGCCUAAAAAAAAAAUACAUUUGGUUCGGGUUACCCGACCCUACCUACGGAAUAGGCGCCGACCCUAACGUUUUUAUAGUCAGUUUGAAAAGAAAAAAAUGAAAAACUAAAAAAAAAAAAAAAAAAAAAAAAUCUUUUUUUUUUUUGCUUUUCAAUAUGUAGUUUAAAACCUUAAAUGCUUAUACAGAAGAUAACUUUAACACCAUUCUCCAAUGAUGAAAAUGACAUUCUUAUAUAAAGGCUAAUAAAAAAAAAAAAUAAAAAGCCUACCUACCCUACCUAUUUUUGAAAAGGAUGUAACCCUAACCAAACAAUUUAUUUUUUUAGGCCUUGGUAUGUCUGUUGCAAUUUUUCUUGUCCAGAGCAUUAUUUGAAAACUAUUGGAUGGAAUUUUAAUAAAUUCAUGGAAUUGUAAAGCAUAAUGAGAGAAAGUGCAGUGUACAUGAACCAUAACUCUGUUUCAGCUAUCUACAGAGUUAUUGUCCUUUGUUACUUUUUCUUGUCUGAAAUGUUCUUCUAAAUUAUUCAAUGGAUUUUAUUUAAACAAGACACAUUGGAUAAGCAUGAUAAGUGGAAAUGCAGUGUAAGAUAACACUAUUUAAAAAAUAGUUACCAUUAUUGCGUCCAGGUGGAUUUCGGGGGUAUUCGUCACGUCUGUGACAGCUCUAGUGUAUUAUAAGUUAUUAUAAGUAACCAAUUCAAUUGGCAUUCACUCCUGACAUUAGAUCAUUUAUAGGAAGUUCACCUCAGUGAUCAAUGCAGUUGGCAUUUACUCCUGACAUUCAUUUGUAGGAAGGAGAAAUUAACAUUUUGUUUGAUUUUUUUAGUGUUUAUUUUUCUAUAGAGUAUUCAAAAUAUUGUUAGGAUUUCAUCUAGAUCUAAUUUUUGUUACAUUGAAAUUGUAUUGUUGUUUUACGUUCAUUGCUAGAGAGGUAUUUAUGUUGUUUUUAAAGAAAACAUUUAUUGUAAAUUAACAAUGUUUGAUAUUGUCAAGAAUUUAUUUUUAUGCCAGCGAUUGUUUUGUUGUUGUUUUCAAAAGAAAAGGUGGAUCCUCACAUAACCAUGGUGUUGUUAAGUAUGUACAUGUAUGUUUGAUAACUCCAGAAGGGUCAACAGAUUUUAAUAGUUUUUGGUUUGUGUGGAUUUCUGGCCAAGUCAGCCUUGAUCGCAAACUAUCAAUUAUAUCAUUUGAUGGCCUUUUUUUAACUUACAACUUGGCAGAUACAUUGUAUAUGUUGUCCAGGCAAUAAAUUGUGAAAGAGUAAUUUAUUUUAAAUAUUUAAAAAAAACAAAUGCUUUAAAAACCAUUAAAAUGCAGGUUAUCAUUGACUAUUAGGUUACAGACUACUAAUUUGGUAUGGACAAUAACUCAAACAUAUUAUUGGGUUUUGAUUUACAUGUAUAACGCCAUAAAAUACCAGUCAAGGAACAUACUAUGUAUUUUUGACAGUGUUUUGAUCCCUUUUCAACUGGGAAUUCGCCCAAAAUUCAGUGUCAGAACAAUUAGUAAUAAAAGGUUUGAUGGAAAUAAAAAAAAAUGGUAUUCACCAGAUUAAACACCAUAAAGUACAGGUCAAGUUUGACUGCUUACACACCACUAAUUUUUAUGGAGUUAUGUUUAAAAAUUAUUUCCUAAAAAAGAGUGCCAAAGAAAUAAUAGGUCAUGAUUUGAAGGGCAAAAUGGAAAUAGUUCACCAUUCGGACCAUUCCUGUUUUUAAGAUUUGGGGUAUGACAGCUCUAAAUCAGAAGAUUUGAAUUGAACAGAUUUCUUGAUUUUCUGAUAGAGUUACUCAGUAAAAGUGAUGAAGUUAACAUUUAUUUUGUGAACUCUAUGAAAUUGUUAAACAAAAGUCUUCAUUCUCUUCAGGUUAAUAGUAGUUAAAUUUGUACCGUAUUUGAAUAAAUGCAUUAUUGUAGAAAAGGUUUGGGUAGGAUGAAUCAUGGUUUAUUUUUUACAUUAAAGAGUUAAAUUCUUUUUAGUAUGAUGGAAUACAAUUUGCACAAUGGUGAAUGUGUGAAAUAUUCCCCAUUUCUUGAAAUUCAAGACUAAUUUCUCUUUGUAUUAUUCUUAAUAAAGUGUAACCCUUUUCUAGACAAUCAUUGCAUUUCAAAUUAGUACCUAUCGGCCAUGCUUAUUUUGGUUUUAGUAUGGUACUUUCAACACUGGAUCCAGUUUAUAUUACAAAUAUGCGUGUAUUGAUUAUUUUUGUAAUACAAUAUUCUUUGUUUUAGCUUAUCUAUGAAAUUGUAUGCAUUUUGAAUGUGAAUAUUGCAAUGAAAUGUUUUAUAAAACAUUUGAAAAGCC